UGGCGGCUGGUGGUGUGGUUGUAAAGUACAGCAGCUCGACAGCAGUUGCAUUUGUCAUUCACGAAACGCGAAAUAAAUUUGCCGUGGGAGGGAUAUGAGUGCGUGCCGGGCAGUAACGUAAUUUAUUUGCUUUUUUAGGUCUGACAUGUGAGGCCAGGGUCAAUCUUGACCUUGAGGUGCAGAGACUGGGAUCUCGGCCUUUGACGUUGAUUUCAUGUGAAAUGGAGAUAAUUCUGAUAGGUGAUCCUGUGCCAGCUUUCUAACUCAGAAAUGGGUGCCCAGGAAACAUAGAACAUCACAAUAAAAGAUUAAGGUUUUGAGAUGGCAGCGGCAGACUGGGAUCUGCAAUCGGAUUGUAACUCUGAGCUGCGUGAUCUAAAACAGAAAGUCAUAAACCUGGAGCAGGAAUUAACCACCUGUAAAAAUCAGCUUCUGGUGUUACAGAAAGAGCUAAAUCAUACUGAGGUCCUGUACAAAGGUACAAAGAGUUGCAAUGAACAGCUGUACAAACAGGUUAAAGAUCUCAGUGAAAAACUCCAUGAAAGAAAAAAGAGUGAAAAUAAUAGAGUUGAUGUUGAAGUUCAGACAGAUCUUUGCUUUACACAAGAGCACAGAGACUUUCAAAAAGAAGAUCUUUAUUUUCAUUACCACCUGAAAAGUGAUCAGAAUGAUGGGUGGCAAGAAGAUUCUGUUCCAGCCAUAGCUCAAUCUCAAACACAACCACAAACAGACUGCUACCAGGACUCGGAAAUUGUUCAGACAGAUAGUUAUCCGUACACAGAUUGUCCUGAUGAAUCAACACUACCAGAUGAAUCUGGAGACCAUAAGAAUGUGAAUGAAAAUACAGGGGACUCAAAGAAUAUAUCUCUGGCAGAGAGUUUGCGUGCUACUGCAGAAGCUGCUAUGUCACAGACGGGAUUCACGUAUGAUGAAAGUAGUGGAUUGUAUUAUGAUUACAGUACUGGGUUCUACUAUGAUUCGACAAACCAGCUCUACUAUGAUCCAAACACUGGAAUUUACUAUUAUUAUGAUGCUGGGAGUGGCCUUUACCAGUUCCAUUCUCGAGUGGAUCUCCCUCCAUACCAAACAGCAGAUACGGAGAAAAAGGUUAAGAAAAAAAGAAAGGGAGUAGAAAAGCUAGAGCAGAAGGAAGAAAAGGAUAUUGAAGCUAAAGUACCGAAAGCUUCAAGGAAUUCUAGGUUCUGGGACCUGGAAGAGAAAGAGUUACCAUCAGCAGAAAAACGAAAGAAAGCAAAAAUGGUGGAUAUUGAUCAGAGUUCCUCCAAUGGACUGAAUCCAAAUCUAGGCUUGAGUGUCCAAGGUGAAGGGGAUGUCAAAGUAAAACUGGAAGAAGAGGAAGAGGCUGGGUUUGCAAGUGAACCAGAGGAAGGAGAAAUCACAGAUUCAGAGAAAAGUGGUUUUGUAGAUGAAGAGACAGAAGAGUCAAGUGAAGGUGAAGACGAUGAGGAUACAAAAGAAGGUCGUCUGUGGCCUCCAUGUAUCCGGGUGAUGGUAGUGCGAUCACCAGUCCUGGAACCUGGUACACUGUUCAUCAUCACUGCAGUAAAGUCAGCUACUAUUGGAAGGGAGAAAGAUAUGGGCCAUGCCAUCAGAAUAGCUGAACUUGGAGUUAGUAAGUUCCAUGCUGAAGUGUAUUUUGAUCAAGAUCUGCAGGUGUACAUGCUGGUAGACAAGGGGAGCCAAAAUGGGACUGUUGUCAAUGGGAACAGGAUCCUUGCGGUAAAAAAUAAAUGUGAUCCCCAUAGAUUGGAACACGGCGAUGAAGUGAAAUUUGGGGAAACAGUAUUGUCAUUCCAUAUCCAUCCUGGAACUGACACAUGUAAUGGCUGUGAACCAGGCCAGGUUAUAGCUCACCUGCGUCUCAAUAAAAAAGAAGAAUCUGCAGCUCUUCCGGUGCUGAGCAAGCAGGAGAAAGAUAAGUUACGACGUCACAAGUUAAAACAGAUUCAGGUCAAGUAUGGAUUGCAGAAUAGUGCAUAUGAAAGAGGUGAACCAUUGAAGAAUCUGAUGUACAAGGAUCGUGCUGCAAAACGCAGACAGGAGAUUGGAAGUGAUGGCAUUUUCAAAAGAGAUGAUGCUCCUGCUUCAAUUCAUGUGGAAAUCUGUGAUGACAACAAAGGACGAAAGAUGUUGGAAAAGAUGGGCUGGAAGAAAGGAGAAGGACUUGGGAAAGGAAGCUGUGGAAUUAAAGAGCCGAUUCAAGUUCAACUUCUUCAGUCACAAUCAGGCCUGGGGGCUAACUUACCACUUUCAAUUGAAGAUGCACAACUGUACAGAUCCAAAAAACACAAGAACUGGGCCAAAGCUAGAGCAAGAUUUUCAGAAACCUUUCAGCAGACUACGAAAACAUCAUGUGUCAAAGCUGAAUGUACAAGGAAGGAGCCAGAAGAUUCUACAAUUUGAGUUUUCCAAAAGCUAGUAUCAUAUUUGUCUGAAUUUUUUUUGUAAAAUAAAAUGCAAAGAUGCUGAAAUA